GUUGCUAGGUGACGACGCCCAAACGGCACCCCUGCGCGCCCCCUGUGUGCGUGGUUGCUCAGGUCCUCGCGAGCCGGAGGGCAGCCGGGGACCCUCUGCAAUUCCCGAGACCCCCUGGCCGCUGGCCCUGGCAGCCUCUGUGGGGCCGGCGGAGGCGAGAAGGCGGUUCGGGAGCGCCCGCGGAGCCCGCCGACAGGGUCCCGCCCUGGAAGAUGGCCUAUUACGAAAAAUGCAUUGAAACUGUGAUUGAGCAACUGGACAAGUUUAACCCUGAGAAAGACAGUCCUGAGCAGUUCCUGGAGACUGUGUCCACCUCCCUACAGACUCUGAGCGCCCAGACACAGGCGUUCGUUCUGGAGGUUCUGUCCGGGUGCCUCCAGUACCAGAGGCUGCUGACCAUCGUGGUGGACGCCUUCUACGUGCGGGAUGGCCGGCUCUGCCUGUGGGCCGACUACAGCCUCUUCGAGGUGAUCUGCUACCUGGCCACCUUCCAGCUGGACGAGCUCGGCUUCCAGCUCUUCUGUAACAUCAUCAAGUCCCAGCCCCUCGACAAGAUGUGCAAGUUUCUCAGGUUCUUCUUCAACCCCUUAAACCUGUGCUCAUGGAUCAAGGACGAGUGGAGCCUCGUCUACGAGAUAGCCUAUGUGAAGGAGAACUGGAUCGAUCCCCUGAUGAGAUGGCAGCCGAAGGUCCAGGAGCUGAUCAGCCAGCUGGAGAGGAUGCUGGCCAAUCACCCCUCUCUUCCAAAGACCAAGGCCAAGGUCACAGAGCCCAAGGAGUUCAAUCUGAGUGCCCCCAGACCCCGUGGCAUUCCAGUGCCAGAGCGAGUCCCCAUCCUGGCCAAGCCAAGACCACCGGCCACCAGCCCAGGACUUCUACACGCCCCUCCAGAUGGCACUGCUGACCACAGGCUCUUCCUUGCGCCACCCCACCAGGUUCCCAGAAGCACCUACCAGCUGCCCAAGGAGCAGCAGCUGCUGGAGAUAACCAAGAGAUAUAAUCGCCGGAAAGCUGAGGAGCUGCUGCUGAGGGCAAACAUGGAGGAGAUGCGGUGUGCGGUGCCCAGGUCCCGCGGGGAGCCCCUGGUGCAGGACUCCAAGAAGCAGCUGAGGCUCCAAUUCGGACCCCGAAUCCUCAAGACUCCCAAGCUGACCUUCUACAAGCCUAACGACGACGUCCCAGUCAAGCUGAACACUGCGGCCAUCCUGCGAGAAGGGGCCUUAUACCAGCGGCAGGUGGAGAAAGAGCUGCAGAGAGUGGAUCAGCUUGUGGAUGGGGCCGGGGACUUCUCUGAGUUCCUCGAGUGGCAGAAGAGGAUGCAGGCAAAGGACCGGGAAGAGCAGCUGGCUGCAGGCGAGUGCCGGAGGCUGCAGGGGAAGCUCAGCCAUGAGGAGGCCAUCCUGGCCCGGCAGCACCUCAUGCAGGAGAACAAGCAGAAGGCCAACCAGAAGAAGGAGGAGACAGCUGAGCUGAUGCAGCAGUGUGCUGAGAGGCGACUCCAGGAGGAAAGGUCCAUGAAGGAGCUGGUGGAGCAGGUGUUGGAGACACAGAAGAAUGUUAAGGUGGCACAGACAAAGCUCCUGAAAGUCCGACAGCAGAUAGUUCAGGAGGUGAUAGAGGAGAGCCGGGAGCUGCUGCAGCGCAGCACAGAGGCAGCCAAGGAGGAGCAGAGGCAACGAUGUGAGCUCAUCUCCCAGCUGCGAGCCCUGGAGAUGCAGCCCACACGCAAGGGCAAGCUUGUGGACCUGACCCAGAUCCCCGGGUAUGGCCUGGAAGGAGAAAUGUCCAUCAUGGAGCUGCGUGAGCGGCUGGCCCUGCUCAAGGAGAGCCAGCGGCGCGAGGAGGAAGAGAAGCGGGACCAGAUCAUCCAGGGCAAACGCGCCAAGAGCCAGGAGCUGCAGAACACAGUGGAGCAGAUCUCGCUGUGCCGCGCAGCCAUGGGCAGGUCUGCAGCCUUGAGGUGGGAGGAGAAGAAAGCCCUGUCGGUGGGCCCGGGAGCGCCUUGCCAGGACGAGCGCGUACUCGAGCUGCAGCGCAGGAUCGAGGAGAAGGCGGCCGAGCGCCACAAGCAGGCGGCCCUGCUGCACGUGUCGGCGCCGCGGGCCGCGCGCCCCAAGCCGCGGGCGCAGCUCGAGGCGCAGCACUGGCUGGAGCUGGAGCGGAGCCGGGAGCGCAGACUCCGGGCGCUGCAGCAGGAAGGCUCGGCCUGCGGGCCCGCGCGCCGCCUGGAGGCCGCCUGAGCCGGGCGGGCACGCCCCAGACCCCGCGACCCCGCCCAAAUAAAGCGUGAGGCCGGCGGUGUGCGCCUCCUCUUCCCGGGCCA